AUGGCAUCCGCAAGAGCACAAAGCCAACUGUCGAAGCAAGUCAUCAUCGACAUCCCGGGCACGAUUCCUGCAAACACGCAGCUUCCGCCGAUCUUGCUUGCGAACCAGCCUGCUCGGCCGCCCUUUCCCGCAUACAACGUGGGCUAUAACGUGCGUGCAAACGUGAGGGCGGUCCGGCAGAGAAUCCCCGGUCGACCAGCCAAUGGACAUGGAUCUCCACAUCCAUAUCAGAUGCUGGCAGAGGACAAUCUACACCCAGCGCUGUUCCAGCUCGAGCCCGCUCCCUCCCCCCUCACGGACAUCGAAGUCCCUCUCCUUGUGAACGAGCAAACCGGCCAGAUCGAAACAAGCCCAAGUGGAAGACAGCUCCGUUACUUCUGGCACUUGCCUCGCUGGGUAACAGUCGACGUCCUCGGACAGAUGAUGGAGCUUUGGCUGCGUCUCGACCCUCGUGUCGAGAUGGCAGACAUCAUGGACCGCGUCAAUCUCGACAAUCGAGCGAUGCCUGCUCCCAAUGUUUUCAACAUGCGGCGUAUCCGCUUCCGCGAGGCGAUAGAUGUUCCUUCCUUCAAUACCGGCCGCCGCGAGCCAGGUGCGUCAGAGGUGGAGCGCAUCGGCGUGUUGACAAGGGAGCAGAUACUCCUGAACACGGCCAUGCGUGUUGAUCUUCAGAACAACCGCCUCCUGAGACCCAUCCUUGACACCAAUAGGAAUAGGCUGGGGUACGUCGACAGCGGACUACCCAUUGACUACUUCCUUGUCAACUACCCUCUGCCCAUUGCCAUCCCAUCCGACCGGCAAGUUGUCACACUGGCACUCCGGCAUCGCAUGCAGACCUUGGCCGUCAGACGAGGCCUUGGUAACGGCGCGUCCGCCUUUCAGAACCUGCCUCCCGCUCUGCUCCCUCGAUGGUGGAUGCACAGGGCCAAUGUGCAGCCUGCCAGGAUCACAGACAUUGACAAUCGGACGCAUGAUGAAUGGGUCCAGGGGAUCCUCCAGCAAUAUCCUGGAAUCACGCGGGCAGGUCGACCACGGUCGCGAGCGAGGCAGGGCCCCACGCAGCCACAGCCACAGCAACCGCAACAGCAGCAACGACAACGACAGCGACAACAACCUCAGCAGGUACAACCUGCUGCUGCUCCUGCUAUGCAGCCGGCCGCCGCCCGUACCAAUGCGGCAAUCGACCCGCGACUCCUCGUCGCUAACCCGCCGCAUGCGUUUCCAGGUCUCAUGAGACCUAACGCGCCGACUGAGCUGGAGGAGUCCCGGCUCAUCAUUACAUCGCCGGACGGUGCUACCCACUACUACGUGGAGCCCGUACAUCACGCGAUGUAUAGAUGA